AAGAGAAGUUAAAAGCGGAAUAGAAAUGAAAAAGUGAUUUUUCGAGAGACACAUAUGUACAUAUAAACUUAAAUUUGCAGCAACUGUCGUGGAGUAUUAAUUGAAAUUAUUUUAUAAACUAUAUUGCAAGCAGGAACUCGCAAAAUGGACCCCGAAGUAGAAUUACAUGACAGUGAUGAAAGUGACAGUGAUUUCUGUCCGGAAAAAGAAGCCGGCAUUGAAGUUUCAGAAGAGGCUUCUAGUGAAAUUUCUAGUUGUAGUGAUGAAGAGGGCAGUAACUCCAAAAAUACAAUAAAAAAAUCAACUCGUAAAAAUUCCGAAAGCGCAAAGAAACAAUUGAAAAAGGUGAAAAGUCGGAAACGUGCACGUGCCCAAGACGAGGCACAUUCGAGUGAUACGGAUGAUGAGUGUACGACAACUGCCGACUCAGAGCGCAAGCGUAACACGCGACAAACAGAUGCUGCAAAGCGACUACAUAGUGGUAAAGAAAAGGAUACUUUGGAAUCGGAGGAAGAGGAUAAAUCUAGAUCUGAUGCACUCUGGGCAGAUUUCCUUAGCGAUGUGAAACCGAAAAAUGCCGAAUCAAAAACAACAACUAAAAAACAAGCAACCGUAAAUGGUGCAUCAACGGCCAGUGUGACUAAUGGACUUAAUAGUCAAAAAAAGCCCGUAGUUAAAAGUGACGAAAAAUCUACCUCUAACGAAAAGCAAGCCGAAACCAAAAAACCUGAUAAGGUUACUGUGACCGAAAUUCUAGAUUUUGCGGGAGAAGAAGUGUGUGUAGAAAAAGUUGUUAACGCUGACAGCGUUAAAGAAAACAAAGACACUGUGAAACGCCCUGUAGCAGGCACGUCUGCAUUGAGAGCCGGUUUGCCAGUAGGCUUAAAAAGACCAAUGGCAGGUGGCAGCAGCGCUGGCGGUUUAGGCUCCAUACUCAACCAGAUCGGUAAGAAGAAGAAAAUAUCAGUACUAGAGAAGUCGCAAUUAGACUGGAAGAGCUUCAAACAGAAUGAAGGUAUUGAAGAAGAGUUGCAAACAUUUAACAAAGGCAAAGAUGGCUACUUGGAGCGCCAGGAUUUCCUACAACGCACCGAUUUACGACAGUUUGAAAUUGAGAAAAAUCUGCGUCAAUCACGGCGCAACAACUAAGUCCUACCAUAGUUUUAUAAUUUAUUAUAAUUAAUAUUAAAAAUUUAUGUGACACAUUCUGAUCUAGUUAUGUAAUUAUUUAAAUACAUAAGUAACUGGUAAACUAUAAAGCUACAUUUAUAAUCAUAAAACAUAUUUGCUUAUGUUCAAAUUGACCACUUGAUAACCGCCUAUUGUAUUCUAUAUAUAAUAAAUAUAUAUAAUAUGAAAACAAUAAAUAUACCAUGCGUAAGAAAUUACAAAAACCAGAAGUGAACGUUUAUUAGUAUAUACCAGCAGCAAUAUUCUGAUGUAAUUGGUUUGUCUAUAUAACGGUAACUAACAAGAAUAGCUAUAUGUAUUGAUAGGACAAUUAAUAUCAAAAAAUACUAUUAAUGUAUGUGGGAUUAUUAAAUAAAGUGACAUUUAGCGAGA